CUGACCUUUCAACAUGGCUCAGUGCGAACAGCCAAUAUGACAGAGUUGCAAGGUGGCCCUAGCAACUCUGCGUCACUCUCCGACGCCUGCGGAUUCCCAACGCACGUCUUGGGUCGACGACUCUCUCAAUGUACCAUCAAGAGCGGUGAGCCCGAACUCGGGCUUCCAG